AUGUACGAAACGUGGGCUAGCUACGUUGAGAAGUCGAUCCCUGGCAAGGAAACAAGCCUCUGGGAUCAUUUGCUGAUUCGUGACAGCGAGGCGGCUCUCUCUACCAUCUUUGAGGCAGGCCAGAAGGUCAAUAUCUCGGUAAAUAUCGCCAAAACCGUGCAAGGCAACCUGUUCCAGCGAUGGAUGCGACGUGAUAGUACUUAA